AUGGCCGCCAUACUCAGAGGGCGAAAUUCUAAUGACGUGUACAAGCAUAGCGUUUUAUGCACUCGGGGUAGCGAUGGCGGAUUUCAGAUCAUAGUCAAACCAAAAGAAAAAGGCGAAUACAAACUUAGUGUUUUUGGUCGGAAAAUAAACUCGGGAGAUGCAUCGUUCUAUCUGUUGGUGAACUACUUUCUUUCGGCGGAUGAAGUGGAAGAGAAUUUUAACCCUUUCCCGGAACAUUUUGGAGUUUGGGGAGCCAAUUCUAUGGCGGGGCACUGUGGCUUCACCCCUGCGAUAGAAAAAUUUGACGUGCUUGCCUGUCGCAGUGGGGAAAUUUACAUGAAGCUGCCUGUUUCGCGACUCGUUCAAACGAAAUCUGUAGUGAGGCCAGCUCAAAACGAGGCAGGUGGUGAUUUGUAUCAAAGCGAGGCCGUCUGUAACCAAUCAACGUUGAAUCAGUACUCACGUGGUGUGGUUCAUGUCAGAACGAGGCUUCCAAAAAUAGGUUUCUAUUCUUUGUGUCUGUUUGCCCAGUACCAUGAUCCUGUGGACAACAGCACGGGUUACGUCAAUGUCGCGAAUUUCUUCAUCAACUGCCAAAACUCGUCUCUUACACCAUCCCCCUACCCCAGGACUUUUCCAAUGACGCAAUGUUUCGAGUGUCUUCUGCUAGAGCCUUUAGUGGGGGAACUACUGGUCAACGAACAAGUCCGAUUUGUGCUCAAAUCUCCGCUUUUAACGAAAGCUACGAUAGGAAGGGAGGUUAUGCUGAAAGGUCAAGGUGACCCAGACGAUGACGUGUGGUGGCUCGUCUAUACACCGAAAUGUUCCGGAAAACAAAUUUUUGUCUACGGUAGUGUCGAGGAGGACCAAAGCUCGCUAACGGCGAUCUAUAUGUUCUCUGUCGUAGGCGGGGAAGAUGACGUUGUCACAGUUAGUACACAUAUGUGA